CCUCAAGUCCUCCAUGGAUGGGAGCCUGGAGGAUGCAGUGAUGGGGGUUGUGGAAUGGAAAGGAGCGUGGGUAAUUGGGUUUGUGAGGACUGGGGCCAGGCAGAGGGAACUGGGGGCUUUUCCAGGACCACUGGGGAACACAGAGGCUGAGAAGGGGAGUGUGGGACGGAUUCGAGCUGGGGAGGACCUCGGCCUCGCCAGGCUCUAAGGAGAGUCAGAGCUCACCACCUAGGGCGCUGGGACCACACGAUGUCAUGCCUGGGAGACUGAAGGGCUAGGACCGAUUCUGAGAAAAUGUGGACUGGAGAUGGGGAUUCCAGGUUCUCCCGGGAGUCCAGGCGAGGGAGUUCCGGCUUCGGGGAAUCCCAAGAGCUAGACUGGGAAGGGGCUGGUGCCCAGGAUUAUGAGAAAUCCAGACUCCCCUGGGGUGUGAAAAAGGGCCGGGGUCCGGCUGAGGGAGCGCGAGUCUGAAAGAGUUCAGGCUCCCUUGCGGGUCCGGGAGUCUAACGAAGGCUCUGGGCACCCAGGCCGCACCUGAAGAACACCAACAACUGCGCGGUCCGCGGCGCGGGUAGGAGAUAUGCGGAUGAACCCCUACGCCGAUUACUUAGCGGCGGCCCUAUCGAGCGGGUGGUUCGAGCCCGAGGUGGCGCCGGUUCUGUAAAUCGUGGAGGAUCUCAGGUCCCCUGUGACCGAGGGCGUAGUCAGCUGUGUCAUGGCGGCUUCCCUGUUGGAGAAACAGUUGGAAACUGGAGGCCGAUUGGGAGCCAUGGUCGUUGGGCGCGCGGAGGCCGGUUGGAAGCCAUGGUCGUUGGACGCGCGGAGGCCGGUUGCGAGCCAUGCUCGUUGGGAGCGCGCAGACCAGGAGUUAGUUCCUGGGCGGAACCUGGAGCCCCGCGCGGCGCGUUGCCUAGGAGACGCAUAAGGGGGCGGGGCCGGGGAGGGAGUGUCGCACAUGCGCACAGAGUCCGGGCGGCUAUGGAAGCAGUGAGAUUGUCUCUCGGCUGCAGCCCUGGUGGGACCUGGCCCGUUGCCAUAGAGAUGGGCAGGGCUGGAUGGAGUGGGGUGCGGUGAGCUGAGCUGACCCUGCUUCGCCACGGGAACUGCAGUGACCCCGGCUUGCCGGCAGGGCGGGUAACUGGUUGAGCCAGGGUGGGGCUGCUCAGGGACGUGGAACCGAGGCCAGGAUUUCUCUGAAGAUCCGGCACAGGCUAUUCCUUUCUACGACGAGCCCAUUGCUAUGGAAACCAAAGCGUUAGGCCAGCGGGGAUUGAGGCUGCCGGAUCUUGACUGGUCUCUCUCCGGAAGAACCUUGCCUAAGGCUUCCCGAAGCGGCUACUUCCUGAACGAACCCGCCCACCUGUCUGAGGGAGAGAGGUAAGACCCUGGGGGUCUUGACAACAAGCAGGCGAAGAAGCCUAUUCCAAUGCCAGCUCCACCGGGAAACCUACCCGGCCCACCCCUAGAAGUGGUGCUUCGCUCUCGUUAACUCUUGGACUCUCUUCCACGUUUAUAACUUAGUAUUUCACGAACGCCCCGCGGUGUUUGUUCAUUUUUCCCACACAUAAUGGACCAUAAAGAUCGGCUUCCUUGCUUUAUGACUCGUUCUGAACAAGUCCUUUUCCUCGCUGUGUCUCACUUUCCUCUUUUGUAAAACGGAAAUAUUAACUCUAGACGCCGGUCUGAUUUGGUUGCUUUGAAGAUCGAACCAGAUGAGGGAAGCCAAAGACUUCAUAGGCUGUAAAGGAAGCUGAACUGCUACCGAGUUGCUAUUUUUUUCUCCUCCUCCUUCUCCUUCAAGCUAAAUGUUCUUUAGAUCUCUUGUGAUUUCUUCAGGCGGUCUUUGCGACUCCCUAGGCUCCGACCUGGAAGAAAUCUUUUUUACACUUCCCUUUCACAGAGCCCUGCAUUUUAACUUCCCUAUCAGAAGCAAGAAAAAUGGUUAUCAUUUUUAGAGGGCUUACACUGUGCCAAGUCCUGAGAAAACUCUUUACGUGGAUUAUCUCGUUUAAUUUCACAACAUCCUUUUAAGUUUUCCAUGGACACAGCCUAGCAGAAAGACACAGCCUUCAUGCUUCGCUGACUGCUGACCGCUGACCCGCCGCCUUGAUGACAGCACCCUCGUGUGCCUUCCCAGUUCAGUUCCGGCAGCCCUCAGUCAGCGGCCUCUCACAGAUAACCAAAAGCCUGUAUAUCAGCAAUGGUGUGGCCGCCAACAACAAGCUCAUGCUGUCUAGCAACCAGAUCACCAUGGUCAUCAAUGUCUCAGUGGAGGUAGUGAACACCUUGUAUGAGGAUAUCCAGUACCUGCAGGUACCUGUGGCUGACGCCCCUAACUCACGUCUCUGUGACUUCUUUGACUCUAUUGCUGACCACAUCCACAGCGUGGAGAUGAAGCAGGGCCGUACUUUGCUGCACUGCGCUGCUGGUGUGAGCCGCUCAGCUGCCCUGUGCCUUGCCUACCUCAUGAAGUACCACGCCAUGUCCCUGCUGGACGCCCACACGUGGACCAAGUCAUGCCGGCCCAUCAUCCGACCCAACAGCGGCUUUUGGGAGCAGCUCAUCCACUAUGAGUUCCAGUUGUUUGGCAAGAACACUGUGCACAUGGUCAGUUCCCCAAUGGGAAUGAUCCCUGACAUCUAUGAGAAGGAAGUCCGUUUGAUGAUUCCACUGUGAGCCAUCCCACCAGCCCCUGCAUUGGAGUCAGAGGUACAGAUCUAUUGUUGAUCCUACAUCAAGAUCCAAACUUGAACAUUCUACUUUUGUUGAUACAGAAAAAAACAGAUGAUGCCUUUUAUAAGCACAAGAAAAAAGAGUUGCUGUAGCUUUUAACUUUAUAAUCCAUUUUUUUUUUAAGAUUAAACUCACUAAUUGUGAGAUGGUGAA